AUGGGUAUCACUACUCAAUACCUUUUUAUGAAACGAAGAGGAGGAGAGGGACUCAAACGUCAGCACUGUGACAAAUCCUUCGCAAGAUCGGAACAUUUAAAGAUUCGUGAGAGUGUUCACACUGGAGAGAAAUACAGCUGUGACCAAUGCGGGACAGCCUUCAUUCAAUCAUCUAAACUAACAAUUCACCGACGUGUUCGCACUGAAGAGAAACCAUACCGCUGCAUCCAGUGUGGGAAAGCUUUCAUAACAUCUAUACUAACAAUUCACCGACUUGUUCAAAGUAGAGAGAAACCAUACAGCUGUGACCAGUGUGGGAAAGCAUUAACUUCAUGGGGUCACCUACAAAGGCACCAACGUAUUCACACUGGAGAGAAACCGUACAGCUGUGACCAGUGUGGGACAGCUUUCAGGAAAUUUAGUGACCUAAAGGUCCACAGACGUGUUCACACUGGAGAGAAACCAUAUAGCUGUGACCAAUGUGGGAAAGCAUACGCAACAUCAGGCAACCUAAAAAUACACCUACGUGGUCACAGAGGAGAAAAACCUUACAGCUGUGACCAGUGUGGGGAAGCUUUCAAUACAUCAGGUCACCUACAAAGGCAUCAACGUGUUCACGCUGGAGAAAAACCUUACCGGUGUGACCAGUGUGGGAAAGCUUUCACAACAUUACACGAACUAAAAAUACACCAACGUGUUCACACUGGAGAGAAACCGUACAGCUGUGACCAGUGUGAUAAAGCUUUCACUUCAUCUGGUCACCUACAAAGGCACCGACGUAUUCACACUGGAGAGAAACCUUAUAGCUGUGACCAGUGUGAUAAAGCUUUCACUACAUCAAAUCAACUAAAAAUACAUCAACGUGUUCACACUGGAGAGAGACCGUACAGCUGUGAUCAGUGUGGGAAGGCUUUCACUUCAUUAAGUGAUUUGACAAAGCACAGACGUGUUCACACUGGAGAGAAACCGUACUGGUGUGAACAAUGUGGGAAAAUGUUUGCUCAGAGCAGUAGCCUUAAAGGCCACCAACGCACUCAUGAUGCUUCAGUUCACACUGGAGAGGAACUGUACAGCUGUGACCAGUGUGGGAAAGCUUUCACUACAUCAGUUGCCUUAAAAAUCCACCAACAUGUUCACACUGGAGAGAAACCGUACUGGUGUGAACAGUGUGGAAAAACUUUUGCUCGAUCAGGUGUCCUAAAAAUCCACCAACGUGUUCACACUGGAGAGAAACCGUAUUGGUGUGAACAAUGUGGGAAGGUUUUCACUAGAUCAGGUCACCUAAAACACCACCAACGUGUUCACACUGGAGAGAAGCCGCACUGGUGUGAACAGUGUGGAAAAACUUUCAGCAGAUCUGAUAAGUUACUAAUCCACCAACGUGUUCACACUGGAGAGAAACCGCACUGGUGUGAACAGUGUGGAAAAACGUUCGCUCAGUCAGGUCACCUAAAAAACCACCAACGAGUUCACACUGGAGAGAAGCCGUAUUGGUGUGAACAGUGUGGAAAAACUUUUGCUCGAGCAGGUGUCCUAAAAAACCACCAACGUGUUCACACUGGAGAGAAACCUCACUGGUGUGAACAAUGUGGGAAAGUUUUCACUAGAUCAGUUCACCUAAAACACCACCAACGUGUUCACACUGGACAGAAACCAUACUGGUGUGAACAGUGUGGAAAAACCUUUGCUGAAUCAGGUAACCUAAAAAGGCACCAACUUGUUCACACUGGAGAGAAACCUCACUGGUGUGAACAGUGUGGAAAAACGUUUGCUCGAGCAGGUGCCCUAAAAGUGCACCAACGUGUUCACACUGGAGAGAAACCGUACUGGUGUGAACAGUGUGGGAAAUCUUUCGCUCAUCCAGGUGCCCUAAAAGUGCACCAACGUGUUCACACUGGAGAAAAACCUCACAGGUGUGAACAGUGUGGGAAAACCUUUGCUCAAUCAGGGGACCUAAAAAAGCACCAACGUGUUCACACUGGAGAGAAACCGUACAGCUGUGGCAAAUGUGGCAAAUCUUAUACCGACAGGAGAACCCUUAAAGGACAUAAAUGCAUUCACAAAGAAUCAGUGUGACAGUUUUCACAGAGCUGUUACUGUUCACAGAGCUAGCUGUUUCCUGCUGCCCUGAAUACAACCACCUGUUAUCAUGUGACUGUAUUAAUAACAAUAAUAAACAGAAGGACUAGUAA